AUGGGCGCGGCGUGGCCUGCGCUGUGCGGGGAGUACGACUACGAGUGUGCACGAAAGCGCGACCACGCUAGCACACCGCGCCGCGGUGCUGGUAGUCCCUGUCUCUGUCUCUCUCUCUGUCUCUCUCUCUGUCUCUCUCUCUGUCUCUGUGUGUGUGUGUGUGUGUGUGUGUGUGUGUGUGUGUGUGUGUGUGUGUGUGUCUCUCUCUGUGUCUCUGUGUGUGUGUGUGUGUGUGUGUGUGUGUGUGUGUGUGUGUGUGUGUGUGUGUGUGUGUGUGUCUCUCUCUGUCUGUCUGUGUCUCUCUGUCUGUCUCUCUGUCUCUGUCUCUCUGUCUCUGUCUCUGUCUCUCUCUCUCUCUGUCUCUCUCUCUGUGUCUCUGUGUGUGUGUGUGUGUGUGUGUGUGUGUGUCUCGCUCUCUCUGUCUGUCUGUCUGUCUCUGUGUGUGUGUGUGUGUGUGUGUGUGUGUGUGUGUGUCUCUCUGUGUCUCUGUGUGUGUGUGUGUGUGUGUGUGUGUGUGUGUGUGUGUGUCUCGCUCUCUCUGUCUGUCUGUCUGUCUCUGUGUGUGUGUGUGUGUGUGUGUGUGUGUGUGUCUCUCUCUGUCUCUCUCUCUGUCUCUGUGUGUGUGUGUGUGUGUGUGUGUGUGUGUGUGUGUGUGUGUGUGUGUCUCAC